UGACAGUUACAKCAUCAGGCGAGGCGUCCUUCUGUGCUCCGAGGCUCCCCCCUCCCUCCCUCGGCGUGUCCCUUCCUCUCUGAACCCAUCCACCGCUUUGCAAAGGGCCUGGGCGGAAACGCGCAUGAGGGGCAGAGAGAGGCGCUUCGCUUGCUGCUCCCUCCCGCUGCUCCGCCCGCCUCCUACCAAGAGCUUCUCUUUCCACCAAACAGGGCAACAGGCUUCCUCGCCUGUAUCUGGAGAGAGACAACAGGAGGAGGAACGGGAAGGGAAGCCGAAGAAAGGCAGCGCUUCUCCUCCCGACUGGCCAAGCAGGAAUUUGGAGACGGUGCCUAGUGGGAGGCAGGCGGGCGGGCGGGCAAGUCGGGGACGGACGUCGGUGGCGAGGCGCCUCAGCUGGCCAGAAGAGGCCGAGGAUGGCUUGGCUGGGCAGAGGCGCGGCUGGGCGGAAGGCGAGGCACCUGCGCGGAGGAGGCGCGCCCCGGAGCGGCAAGAGGCGCCCUCGGGCUCCAGGGGCAAGGCGCUGCUAAGUUGGCCGUGGGCGCACUCGGAGAAUGAGCCCCCCACAGCCGCCGGGGAAGGAAGCCCGCUCUCCGGAGGAGCCUGAGAGGUAUCCAUUUCCAUACACAGUUCAUGUAUUCGAAUAUGGGAACAUCCUGUGCUAUUGGUCCAACCUUCGUCAAAGGGUUUGCCCUGAGAUUCAAAUGAGAUCAUGGUUUCAAAGUGUUCUUGGAGAUUAUGCAAACAUGUUGCUGUAGAUGUACUAAUGUAUCCUGGCAAAUAAUAUAUGGAUCACAGAAUAUGGUAAGAUGUACAGUGAAUUGGGAAGUUCAUCUGUGGUAUGAAGAGGCCAACAUAGCCCCAGCUCUACUGAUCAUGGUCAACAAGACCUUAAACUACUGGGAUCCCAGUUUUGAGGAUGAGGUCAUCAACAUCAAUGUUGGGGGCCUGAGGAGAAGGCUUAGCUCAAGCGCCCUCUCCAAGUUCCCUGACACUCGUCUUGGGCGCUUGCUCUUCUGUGACUCAGAAGAGUCCAUCCUGCAGCUCUGUGAUGACUAUGAUGUGGGUGCCAGGGAAUUCUACUUUGACCGCAACCCUGGCUUCUUCCUCUAUGUGCUCCAUUUCUACCAGACUGGCAAGCUGCAUGUUAUGGAGGAGCUGUGUGUCUUCUCCUUUUGCCAGGAGAUAGAAUACUGGGGUAUUAAUGAAUUUUUUCUGGAUUCUUGUUGUAGCUACCGCUACCACGAACGGAAACUUGAGAGUGGGCAUCACAGUUGGGAUGAAGAAAGUGAGGUCAGUAGCGUGGACACCUCCCCAGAUGAGAUCUUGGACUUCAAUCAUGACCUGCUUCAUUACAGCACACUGCGCUGUGGCAAUCUACGCAAGCGCCUGUGGCUCACUAUGGAAAACCCAGGCUACUCUAUCCCAAGCAAACUCUUCAGCUUUGUCUCCAUCAGUGUUGUGGUGGCUUCCAUAGCAACCAUGUGCAUCCACAGCAUGCCAGAGUACCAACAGCCCGAUGAAGAGGACAAGGUGAAGGAUGACUCUGUGUUGCAAAACGUGGAGUACUUUUGCAUCUCCUGGUUCACUUUUGAAGUGACUGCCCGCUUGCUGUUGGCUCCAAACCGCAGGAAGUUUUUCAAGCACCCCUUGAACCUGAUUGAUAUUGUCUCAGUCUUGCCUUUCUACUUCACCCUUUUGGUGGAUGUCACCAUGGGGAGUGACUCAGAGCUAGGGAAUCUGGGCAAGGUGGUGCAAGUCUUUCGCCUCAUGAGGAUAUUCCGGGUGCUGAAGUUGGCCAGGCAUUCAACAGGCCUGAGGUCCUUAGGAGCCACGUUGAAGCACAGCUACAGAGAAGUGGGGAUUCUUCUGCUGUACUUGGCUGUUGGGGUGUCUGUCUUCUCUGGAGUGGCCUACACUGCAGAAAAGGAGGAACAUGUUGGCUUUGAUACCAUCCCAGCCUGCUGGUGGUGGGGGACAGUUAGCAUGACAACUGUAGGCUAUGGAGAUGUUGUGCCAGUGACUGUUGCUGGCAAGCUGGCAGCUUCUGGUUGUAUCCUUGGUGGGAUUUUGGUGGUGGCACUUCCUAUCACUAUCAUCUUCAACAAGUUCUCUCACUUCUACCGCAGGCAGAAAGCCCUUGAGGCUGCUGUGCGAAACAGUGGCAAGAAGGAGCCAGAGGACUCUGAGAAUUACCCAAGUCAAGAGUCUGAGAUUUUAAGUGAAGUUUACCAGAGAGAUGAUGAUCUCACCAGAAAUAUCCUCCCAGUCCAUUGAAUGGAGUGAUGGUUGGGAACUUGGUGUAUUCUGGCAUUUUAGCAAGCAAGUUGCUAGAAAGAUGCAUUCUCUCAACUGACAUGGACUCCAUCCAUUAUCAGUGACCAGUUCCAGAAAUGUUGGUGAGGCAACAUCUGACUUUGAGCCAGUAUAGAAUUCCUGUUGACCGUACGCAUCUGGACUUCCAGUGUCUCACCUGGACAUGCUCACUGUGACUAAUCCAUUCAUCCAUCGUGAACAUUUGGAUCCAAAAGCCCGGGAUACAAUGUUUCUUGAUCACAUCCCUCCAAAGCAGUAAAACACGAUAGCAUCUCCAUUAUAAGCACUUUCUAAUUAUGCCUGUUCCCUACUGGGAGGGGAAGACAUUAGUAGCUUCCUUCAGAUUUGGCAAGUAUCAAGUGACAGGACUGCAAGAUCAGAGUCUAACAGAUAGGAAAUUAUGCAGCCAUAUGACCUUUCCCUCCCUUCAGUUCCCUUCUACAUAGUAGUUACACACAUUCUCUUGGACAAAUAUUCUGCAAUUCACUUAAACUAAAUGCUCUUCCACUGUCCAUGAACAUGCUGAAAUACUCUUUCACUGUUCACCAAAAUGCUGAUGCUUGGCAUUAUUUCUGUUCUGGCUUAUUACUGUGCCAUGAUUUAUUAUUGAUUUUCAUCUGUUGCCAAAGAGACUGGACAUUCAUUCUGAAGAUUAUCCUUAGUGCUGUGACAUAUUGUUGUUUAGGACUUCCAGAGAGUGGAGAUUUGUCGAAGAAAUAAUCUCCUGACUUGCCUUAUAAGAUGUCUGUUUGACAGAGAGAUGUACAGGCUAGCAGUAACUUGACAGGCCUUAGAAAAAGUCUAAAUAGUUUCAAAGCUGAUGGAGAAAAAUAGACCAGGAUAUGUGUUUGUGUAUUGUGAUGCUUGAGUAUGCUGAAUGAGGUUUCAAGCACAUGUUCUAAUCAUUAAGGAAGAGGGGUUAUAAAUAUGAUUUAGUUCCCCAUUAUCAAGUCUCUUCCCUCCCCCACAACCUCUCAAUGAUUGAAUGAAAUGGAUUGUUUUGUUUUUUAAAAAUAACUAUGCAAGGUAAAGAAUGUGGGCGAAGAACAUAGCUUUCUCCCCUUUCUUUCUCAACAUUGGUUCUAAAAGCCAGUGAAAAUGAUGGAUACUAGUUUGGGUGUGAACAUAAACAAAGGUAGUACUCCACAUUCUAGGGGCACAGAACCCAUGUGGAAGAGAGUCUGUACAUUUUUGGGACUCUGUCCAUCCUCCAGGAUGACACUGUGGACAACUAUCUCUGGAAGCUGACCAUAGAAUUAUACUGGAAAACCUGGAAAUUCCCAGGAAUAGCAUUUUAAUCAAAUCUGUGAAUAAUCACAUCUGCAAAUUUCAACAUUUGACUGUACUUCUUCAAACAAUGCAUAAUUAAUUUUUAUAAUUUCCUGACACAAGAUGUCUUGGUAUCCCCAAAGAAAGCUUUAAAGGGACAGUUUUGUAGAGGAUGCAGUUUGUCAAUAUCCCUGAGGGAUAAACUGAAUUUCCACAUUCAGGGCUAGUACACCCCUGCAUAGCAGUUGCAUAUCUUUGGACACAGCUUUUGAACUUCUUGGAUGUGUCUGGCUCUUUGGAUUGCCACCAAAAGGGGAGAGAAUCCAUGAAUCAUAUUCCUGGCAGCUACUGGUAAUUGUAUGAAGACCCUAUGUAUGAUAACCAACGUACUUGAUCUUAUUGAUAGAGGUGGAGAGCAUUUUGUCCUCAGGAUAAUGGACUUGAAUUACCAUCAUUCUCAGGUCAUUAAGACCAGCUUUUAGGGAGGAUAGGAGAUUUGGGCCCAUAUGAAAGGCCACAGGUUAUCAGUUUCUUACAUUUUCUGGCAUCUCUCUAAAGCAGUAGCAACAUAUGCUCCAGCUACUAAGAUCAUCAGUGGUAGGUCCCAUCAGAUGUUUUUGGUAUUUUUCCUCCCAAAAUUCUUCAGUGUUGAUUAUGGUGGUAUGGGCUGGUGGAGAUUAUAAGACAAAAACACCCAGAAUCUCAGUUCGCCACUUUUGCCUGUCCUUCCAAAGAAAUAUACACAGUUAUCCUUGAAUAUGUUUUUAAUGUUGCCACAUAUAUUUACCUCAAGACUGAAGAUGCUUUACUCAUACUGGGAGUUCCCUUGACUUAGGAACUCAUCACAUUAGACAAUUUUAACAUCCUAGGAUGCUUGCAGGACACGAGGAGGAUGGAGCUGGUCAGAUUCCAUCAGAUGACGCACAGUUACUUCAGGUGGGACUCUGUCCUCCCAGCAUACUGCAAGUGUUCUAGGACACUGCCCAGAGAACACAGUAAGCUUCCUGUGUUCUCAUUGAGAAGAACAGAGAUAAGCUCUGCGGAGGUGCUUUCCUCGUGGGAUGGGGAAAGCGCCGAUGCAGGUGAUGCGGGGCGACAGGUUUUCCCACUGCCCACUGGAUUUGCCAUGCUGCCACAGCUUAUUGCAGUGAUUUUCUCAUCAUGGAUCACAAGGAGCACACAGUUAGGAUCAAGUGGCAACAUGUCAUCAUCAAGACCAGAUUAAGUGUUACAGCAUGGUAAACCAAGUAAGCUUUUUGAGGAGAACAAAUUUUCCUCAAGAUUGAUUUUUUUCUGCAAAUAAAUGCAAAUGUGUGUUGAUGGGAAGGAAAUACUGAAUAUAGUACAAUCCUUGCAUCCAGUGGCCGGGGGGGGGGGGGGGAUGUUUCUGGACUUUGCAUGGAUAUGCAGACCCUAACAACAACAAAAACAAACUCCUGAAUAGGGCUGAUGUUUGAUAAUGAAAGUAUAGUAGUUAUGGUAUUAUGAAAUGCAGUUGGUCUUCACACCAAUGUAUUCCACUUUCAUAUGCACAAAAGAAAUUAAAUCACUACUAGCAGGU